AUGGACACAAAAAUAAUCGGUUUGGAACAAGUGUAUCCUGAUGAAUACACGCGAGAAGUCGUUUUAAUAUCUAUGUAUUGUUUUGAAAUAAAAAAAGAUAUAGCAAAAGAUUGCUUAAAUAUUGUGAAGAAUUACAUCAAUAGUCAACUUUAUAAUAAUUAUAACCAUUUAAAACGAUGUAAAAAAACAAAAGAUCAUGUAGAAAUACUUCUUGGUCUUUCUAAAGACCUUCCUGAAAAUAUAUUAAAGGAAUUAAAAAAAGUAAAUAACGGAGAAGAUAUUAAAAUAAAAAAAAUAAAUGUAUCAAAAUAUGAACCAUUAAAUAAAAAACAAUAUUCAGAAUGGUCAUCAUAUUGGCCCACCUAUUAUAGACGACCUACAGAUGAAUCAUCAAAUAAUUUAACUAAACAACAAAUAGAAAAUCAUAUAAAAUUUUUAAAUAUUUCAAUAAAUAUAGGUAAUAAAUUUGGAACAUGCCAAAGUGGUUGUGUGCUAACAUUUAAUGAUAAAAUUAUUGCAUGUUCAGGUGAUAACAUAAAAAAUCAUCCAUUGCACCAUUCGGUUAUGCUAGCUAUAGAAGAUGUAGCAUUUAAGUUACGGAAUAUAUGGAGAUUUAAAAAAAAUAAAAAAAUGAAAAAUUGUGAAAAUAAUGAUGAUGAGAAUAAUAUUGUAUCCAAUUUAAAUUUCAAUCAAGUGCCUUCACAUAAAAAUUAUAACUAUCCCGACAAUUUAUUUGAUAAAAAAAAAAAAAAAAAUACUCACCAAAAUUCUGAUAAUAAUGAAAUUUCUUCAUUAAAUAUAGAUAGAACAAAAACAAAAGAGGAAAAUAAUAGUACAGAUGAUAAAAAAAUGGAUGAAAAUGUGUUGGAAAAUUGUAUAAAUAGUAAUAUUGUAAUAAGUUCAGAUCAAUAUCUUUGUACAAAUUAUUAUGCAUAUUUAACCCAUGAGCCUUGUUUUAUGUGUGCAAUGGCUAUGGUACAUUCACGAGUUAAAUGUGUUAUAUUUGACAAAGUUAAUAAACAAAAUGGAGCUUUAUUUAGUAGGGAAAAAUUACAUUGUUUAAAGAAUCUUAAUCACCAUUUUAAAGUAUAUAAAACGGUUAGGGAAAAAUGUUAA